AUGUACGAGUUACCGAGCCUGGUGAAGACGGCGUACUACGCUUGCAACCAGAUCGAGCGCGCCAAGUAUGACUUGUUGAGAACACGGCACGUCGAUUUGCGAUUAUGUUGCAAGUCGCUGUUCGCACUGUUCAAAGCCGACAGAAACACAGACGAAGACGACAGCAGGGAGACAAUGUACAGCAGAUCGUCAUUGCCCAGCGGGUUUAGAAAAGUGUGCGAGUCGGCAGCGUAUUUCGGACACUUCGAUUGCCUGAGACUCGCUCGUGCAAUCGGCGUCCCUUGGGAUGACCGUUUAUAUUUUAACACUCAUAAUAUCGUGGGUGCCAGGAUAUUAGUUUCGGCGUGCAAAAUGGCUGCGAUAUCGGGCAAUCUGGACUGUCUACGGUAUGCACGUGACAACGGCUGUCCGUGGGACGAAAAUACGUGUGCCUUUGCCGCAUAUAACGGACAUAUAGAUUGUCUACGGUAUGCACGGGACAACGGCUGCCCAUGGGACGAAAAUACGUGUGCUGCUGCCGCAUAUAACGGACACAUAGAUUGUUUACGGUAUGCACGGGACAACGGCUGCCCGUGGGACGAAAAUACGUGUGCCAAAGCCGCAAAUAACGGUCACAUAGAUUGUCUGCGGUAUGCACGGGACAACGGCUGCCCAUGGGACGAAAAAACGUGUGGCGUUGCCGCAAAUAACGGUCACAUAGAUUGUCUACGGUAUGCACGGGACAACGGCUGCCCAUGGGACGAAAAUACGUGUGCUGCUGCCGCAUAUAACGGACACAUAGAUUGUCUACGGUAUGCACGUGACAACGGCUGCCCGUGGGACGAGAGGACGUGUGCCGUUGCCGCAUAUAACGGACACAUAGAUUGUCUACGGUAUGCACGUGACAACGGCUGCCCGUGGGACGAGAGGACGUGUGUCGUUGCCGCAAAGAACGGACACAUAGUUUGUCUACGGUAUGCACGGGACAACGGCUGCCCAUGGGACGAAAAAACGUGUGCUGCUGCCGCAUAUAACGGACACAUAGAUUGUCUACGGUAUGCACGUGACAACGGCUGCCCGUGGGACGAGAGGACGUGUGUCGUUGCCGCAAAGAACGGACACAUAGAUUGUCUACGGUAUGCACGGGACAACGGCUGCCCAUGGGACGAAAAAACGUGUGCUGCUGCCGCAUAUAACGGACACAUAGAUUGUCUACGGUAUGCACGGGACAACGGCUGCCCAUGGGACGAAAAUACGUGUGCUGCUGCCGCAUAUAACGGACACAUAGAUUGUCUACGGUAUGCACGUGACAACGGCUGCCCGUGGGACGAGAGGACGUAUAUCGCCGCCUCCCGGAACGGUCAUUUAGACUGUCUCAAUUACGCAUUGGCUAAUGGGUGCCCGUCGCAAAUGGACGAUCGCGUUGUGGAAAGCGAUGGAGAAGACUAGAGUUCUUCGGACUAGGACAGUAUAUGUGCGAUGCAGCAUGACUAAAUAGAUAGGCUACGGAUGUUGCAAUAAAGGACCAAGUGGUAACCACGAACACGGUCAACCCUAGGAGCCGAUCUCUUGUCAUGUCUUCAGUAAUUACAUUCAACGACAUGGAUUUGGACGUGGCCAAGAGGCGUGCGAGCUUUUACGCUGCAAGUCGACUGACCAAUGUGUAUA